AAACAGCUGGCAACAACGACGCCGUACAGAACUGGGGCGAGCGAUGCGGUAGCCAUAAUCACCGCCUCUGACAGGCGAAACCGACAUCUGGUCCAAAAGCACUCACCCACCAUCGCCCAUCAUGCGGCGACCGGUUUUUCCAUUCUUGCUCUUAUUAUGCAUUUGCUUGGCCUUCACCUUCGCGCGAGACGUAAUAGCAGAGACCGACGAUAUCGACGAUCAACUGCGGCCACUGGAACGCGCUCGUCCGCUUACCAACUACAUCGAGGCAUUGAACGAUGAACAGGACAUUGUGGUGGAACAGCAACAUGAAUGGAGGAGCGAUGUGCUGGAAGCUGUGUCUCUCCUACGCAAAGUCAAGCCGCCGACCGGCUCCAAGCUGCAGCAAUUCGUUAGCAAGCCAAAAGGCUUCUUCGGAUAUGCCGUCUACUAUGCAAAAGAGGCCUUUGUCCUGCUGUUCAUGAAUGCGCCGAAGCACACGAAUCUUGUUACAACAGCCACUCGAGAGCAACCUGUUAAACUCGCCCAGCCACUUUCGAGAGCUAUCAAGAUGCUCGAGGAUGCAGCCAAAGACAACGACCCCGACGCCAUUUACCUGCUUGCCGAACUCAACUUUCAUGGAAACCACUCACACCCGAUCAACUACGACAUCGCUUUCACGAGAUACAAACAACUUGCAGACAUGAAUGGAAAUAGCACUGCGCAAUACAUGGUUGGAUUCAUCUAUGCAACGGGUUUGGCACCAUCUGUACCCAUGGAUCAGGCAAAGAGCAUGCUAUACCACACGUUCGCUGCAGAACAGGGAAACACGCGGUCGCAGAUGACACUUGGAUACAGACACAUGUCGGGGAUAGCAACACCGAAGAAUUGCGAAGAGGCAGUACUUUGGUACAAGAAGGUGGCAGACAAAGCUGUUCGCUACUAUCGUUCCGGACCACCUGGAGGACAUUCCCUGGUCAGAGAUGCUUGGAGAAUAGCAGACGAGGAAGGCGGUGUCUACGGCGAAGGAGCGAGCGUGGCAUCCGCCGGACAAAACGCAAAGCAGGGUGGCCCGACCAGUGAUGCCUACGCAGAUGUGGAAGACGUGCUGGAGUACCUACACCUUCAAUCCUCGAAGGGUGACCUUAAGGCGACAUUCGGACUAGCCAGGCUUCACUACGAUGGUACACGAGGCUUGAAGCGUGAUCCGAAAGUGGCAAAGCAGUACUUCAUGGACGUCGCUCGCGAAUACUGGACCGCAAACAACAAGGUCAAGAAAGAUGUGUCUCACAGCACAGAACGACUCGCCAGUAAGGCUGCCGGUUAUUUGGGGCGAAUGUUCCUCCGCGGCGAAGGCACUAAGCAGGACUUUGCAAAGGCCAAGGUGUGGUUCAAUCGCGGGCUGGCUAAUGGCGAUGCACUUUGCCAGUACAUGCUAGGAGUGAUGUACUUUGAAGGCUACGGCGUGGAGCAGAAUGUUGUGAAAGCCGCAGACCUCUUCUCCGCGGCUGCGGACCAGGACCUCGCGGUUGCUCAAACGCAUCUUGGGACCAUCUUCCUUGACCAAGGCGAUACCACAGUAGCAGCGAAAUACUUCGAGUUGGCUGCAAGAAAUAGUCACAUCGAGGCAUUCUACUAUCUCGCCGAGAUGAAUCACAAGGGCAUUGGCCGUGAUAAGUCUUGCGGUAGCGCGGCCGUGUACUACAAGAUUGUUGUCGAGAAGGCUGAGGCCAUCUGGAGUGGUCUCAGCGAAGCAGUUGAAGCAUAUGAUGACGGCGAGCUGGGCAAAGCCUUCAUGCCAUAUCUUAUGGCUGCAGAGCAGGGCAGCGAGAAUUCUCAAGCUAACGUAGCAUGGUUACUUGAUCAAUCUCAGACGAAGCCGCGAUGGAGCCCACUCAACUGGCUCUCGUCGUCAGCCAGUAACACCAAGCAAGCGAUUGGAGACGCUGCACUUGCUCUCAUUCACUGGACUAGAUCUGCGAAGCAGCAGAACAUCGAUGCUCUUGUCAAGAUGGGCGACUAUUAUCUAGCGGGCCUCGGAACUGCUGUCUCAGCUGAGAAAGCCGCACAGUGCUAUCAAGCUGCGGCGGAAACGCUUCAGUCCGCGCAAGCCAUGUGGAACCUGGGUUGGAUGCACGAGAACGGCAUCGGCAUUGAGCAAGACUUCCACCUCGCCAAGCGUUUCUAUGAUCAAGCACUGGAAACAAAUCGCGAAGCAUACCUACCUGUCAAACUCAGCCUGUUCAAACUUCGAUGGCGUUCAUGGUGGAACGGCAUAACAGGCGGCACUGUGCACGGCAUUGAAGAUGAACAGCAGACGAAGAAGAGGAGAAGUUUCGCGGAAUGGCUCAACGACUUUCUUGAGGCAGAUGCUGCUUACUACCAAGAUUACGAAGGUUACGAGGCAGAUGACUGGGACGGCACAGAGCCGAUGCCAGGUGGAGACGAGUACUGGGAUGCAGAUGGCGAGCUCGACGACGAUAUUCUAGAGACGCUCCUUAUUGGUGGCCUUCUCGCGGCUCUGGCAGGACUCUUCUGGUAUCGGCAACAGCGUGCUCGAGAAAUCGAACGCCGGCGAAGAGAAGCUGCAGCAGCAGCGCAACAGCCACCUCAGCAAGAUGCUCAGCAUGAAGAUCAGCAGCAACAGCCUGAAGAUAGAGGGUUGUUUCCACCGCCUGGAGAUCCGAAUUGGAAUAAUUGGGUUGCGGGUGGGAUAGGUCAUUAGCUUUUAUACUGAAAUACGAAGUAGCGAUUGUACAGUGAUACGUUUGAUGAUCCG